CGCUUAUCCCCAAUCAGUGUUGUUCUCCUGUUUAGUGUUUACUCUUUUUGACUUUUUUAAUUUUGAUAACGAUUCAAGGUAAUAUGAUUAAAUGUAAUCUCCACGUUAGCUAAAAACUCCGGUCGAAGUUAAAUUCACGAUAAGGUCGAGGUUGCUGCCGCCGGAGGAUCAAUCUUACCAGGCGAACUUUUUAAGUUAUAAGAAACGGGAUGAACUUGGGAAGGGUGGGGAGAAUGCGAGCCGAGGAAAGGGAAGGCGAAUAGGGGGAGACGUGUGUUUUAUAAUCUAGGGCGAAGAGUUUCAAAACUAAGAUAAGGGCGAGACGAUCGCCUCUGUCAGUCUGGCAGGGCAAGAGAGAGGGUUGCGCGUUCCGUCAGAGAAGCGGGCACUGACAGCCAGGAGUCGGUUGAGAGCAGAUCCGUGCGCUGUUUCAAGUAGAGUAAAGGAUGGAGGGAGAGAAGGAAAGAGAGAGUGAGAAAGGGGAGGAGAAGGAGAACGAUGAGGCGGAGGAUUCUGAUCGAUUGACAGAGGGGGCAGCCCUGCCAUGCCAAGAGGGGUCCUCUGACUUACCCAUCAUGCACUGGGAGGCGCUGAGCCUGCGCAUUGCAGAGCUGGAGAAACAGGAAGAGGAGAGGAAGGAAAGGUUAAAGAGCCUGGGUGUGCUGGAGCGAGGGAGUGUGUCAGCAGGCUGGAUGAAGGAGAGGGAGCGAGGGAGCUGGAGUGCAGAGUGGGAUGACACGGAGGAUCGAAGCCGUCGCAUCAUGGCGCUCACCUCUCGGUUCCACAAUCAAAAGAACUUGCAGCUCUGCUUCAUCAAUAACAGCGAGAGUGAGGAUGAGGAAGAGGACGAAGAUGGAGUGGGGACAGAGAAAUCCAGAGAGGGUGUGGCUGACGGGCAUGGGCCAUCAAGACAAGCCCCUCCCCCUGCUAAUGCUGACAAGGGCAAGCGGACAAGGGGGUUGAAAAUGGAAGUGAGGGCUACACUGAGCGCACUCAGAGACAAGCUGUGGGCCGAACAGAGAGAGAAGGAGCGGUUAGCAUGCUGUGACACAGGGAUAAAGAGGAAACCACUGGAGCUCGGUGAUCUGCAGAACCUCAGCCUGCAGCAGCUGGACUCACUCAGAGCCUCCCUCAACCAGGCCAUUCAUGACCUUAGCUCAGAGCUGGUGAGCCGGCUGCUGAUGCGGGACCAGCUGAGGACAGAGCAGGAUGCCAUGCUGCUGGAUGUGGAGGAUAUGACAUCACUGUGA